AUGUCAGAACGAAACUUCAUCGAGCCUGGGGAUGGUGAUUUUGUUGAUGAGGGAGCAGACGUCGGAGAAGAUGCAAGGAGCUCUCUCGCGUCGCUGACUUCAAGCAUCAUAAAGGGAGUAGAAGAGAAUGGAAGAACGUAUGCUGUAUAUGGUCAGGAAGAGUAUGGAAUGCCAAUGGACGAAGUAGAGAUGGACCGAAUCGAUAUGGCGCAUGCGAAGUAUUUCAUGCUUCUUGAAAAGAAACGAUUCUUAGCACCUAUUGAUACAGGUGUCCAAAAGGUCCUAGACCUUGGUACCGGAACUGGAGCUUGGAGUGUUGAUUUUGCUGAUGCUUAUCCAUCAGCUGAGGUCGUGGGAAUAGAUAUUGCUCCGAUACAACCCAUUUGGGCUCCGCCAAAUUGCCAAUUCCAAGUCGACGAUAUCACUCAGCCUUGGACAUGGAAGAAGGAUAAUUUCGAUUUUGUUUUCGCUAGAGAUUUACUUUUCUCAGUCAGGAACUGGCCGGAUUUGAUUUCUCAAUGCUAUGAUCACAUUAAACCCGGUGGUUGGAUAGAGUUCCAAUCAAUUCAUGGUGUUUUAGGCUGCGAUGACGAUACAUUACCCCCUGACAGUAAAUUCCGCGAAUAUGAUAAGCAUAUUAGAGCCGCAGCAGUUGCAUUCGGAACCCCUCUAGAAGAUCCAGCUUCAUUCAAGAAAUGGUUCGAAAAAGCUGGGUUCGAAGCUGUUGUGGAAAAGAAAUACAAGAUUCCUUCAAAUCCAUGGCCGAAAGAUCCACGAUUAAAGUUGAUCGGGGCUUUUGAACAGGAAAACUUCAUGAUUGGACUAGAAGGUAUGAGUAUUCGUUCCCUUGAUAAACUUGGCUGGAGUCUAGACGACAUCAAAAAAUUUCUGGGAGAAGUAAAAAAGGAAAUCAAAAAUAGGAGAAAACAUCCGUACUAUCCAUUCUAUGUUGUAUAUGGUCGAAAACCAAAACAAGAAAACAUAAACGUAGAUCAUAAAGUUCUACAAGAAUGA